UUUUAAGUUAUCCAUCGCCCACUCCAUUAUCUCUCAUUAGCUUUUUUAUUUGUCUCUCUUAUUAACAGUUCUACUCAAAUAAUUAACAUUUUCAUCAACAUUUCAUAGCUAUAGCCAUGUUGCCAAGAAGUCGAACUCUUCCCAGCAGAAUUCAUCAUGGCGCUGUUGAAGAAAGACAUGAUAUCAGGCACUACUUGCAAGUAGAGGUUCAACCUAAAGCUCUUAACGAGGCUGAAGCCAUAAAUCCUCAAGCCAACUAUUCCAAGUGUUUUGACGACGAUGGCCGCUUGAAGAGAACAGGAACUUUUUGGACUGCAUCAGCGCAUAUUAUCACAGCUGUGAUAGGGUCAGGAGUGUUGUCAUUAGCAUGGGCCAUUGGACAGCUUGGUUGGGUUGCAGGACCGGCUGUCCUGAUCCUCUUUGCCUUUGUCAAUCUUUACACUGCUGGUCUUCUUUCUCAGUGCUACAGGGCUGGUGAUCCAGUCACCGGACAGAGAAAUUACACCUAUAUGGAUGCUGUCAAGGCCAACUUAGGAGGGAAGAAGGUUAUGCUUUGUGGGCUCAUCCAAUACUUAAAUUUGUUUGGUGUUGCAAUUGGGUAUACAAUUGCAGCAUCUGUCAGUAUGAUGGCAAUAAAAAGAUCAAACUGUUUUCACAAGAGCCGGGGGAAGAAUCCGUGCCACAUGUCAAGUAAUGGGUAUAUGAUAACAUUUGGGAUUAUAGAGGUGAUAUUUUCUCAAAUCCCGGACUUUGAUCAAGUAUGGUGGCUGUCUAUAGUUGCAGCUGUUAUGUCAUUCACAUACUCUACUGCUGGUCUUGGACUUGGAAUUGGAAAAGUUGCAGAGAAUGGGACUUUCAAAGGAAGCUUGGCAGGUAUAAGCAUAGGGACAGAAACAAGUGCUGGAACAGUUACUUCAAUGCAGAAGCUAUGGAGGAGUUUGCAAGCUCUUGGAGCAAUUGCCUUUGCAUACUCUUUUUCCGUCAUUCUCAUUGAAAUCCAGGAUACAGUAAAAUCUCCUCCCGCAGAGCACAAGACCAUGAAGAAAGCAACUUUACUCAGCAUCACAGUAACAACUGUGUUCUACUUGCUCUGUGGAUGCAUGGGUUAUGCUUCCUUUGGAGAUCUGGCUCCUGGAAAUCUCUUGACUGGCUUUGGCUUCUACAAUCCCUACUGGCUCAUAGACAUUGCGAAUGUAGCCAUCUUUGUUCACCUUGUUGGUGCAUAUCAGGUGUUUUGCCAGCCCUUGUUUGCUUUUGUGGAAAAAUGGAGUGCACAGAAGUGGUCUAAGAGUGAUUUUGUAACAGCGGAAUAUGACAUACCUAUUCCUUUCUAUGGCGUUUACCAGUUAAACUUGUUCCGCCUAGUAUGGAGGACCAUCUUUGUUCUAUUGACAACCGUAAUCGCCAUGCUCAUGCCCUUCUUCAAUGAUGUUGUUGGGCUCCUGGGGGCAAUGGGGUUCUGGCCUUUAACUGUGUAUUUUCCAAUUGAAAUGUACAUAGCACAGAAGAAGAUUGGGCGAGGAACAGCCAGGUGGCUUGGCCUUCAGAUUCUUAGCGUCACUUGUUUCUUCAUCACUAUAGCUGCUGCAAUUGGCUCUGUAGCUGGAGUUGUUCUUGAUCUCAAGACUUACAAGCCCUUCAAAACAACCUACUGAGGCCUCAAGACUAAAGAGUGAUCCAUGAUUUCAUAUACAGUAGAGGCGUAAUUUAAACGACUAUUCUGUGUUUAUGAAAUAUUAAUAAGAAGUAUUUAGUGGUCAAACGGAGGGAAUAAGAAUGUAUCAUUCUCAAUUAAAGAAGUCCCGAUAUCCAAAUUUUGUUCUCAA